UCGGCGGUCACGUCUGCACCGUCAUCUACGGCCAGCUCAACAACCGCAGAUCUCGGUAGCUCAUCUACCCUUCUCUUUGUCUUUCUGAUCAGCGUGCUCUCUCUAUUCUCUGCGUUCUUGACAUGUGGCAUUGUAUGGCAUCGACUGGUCGCUCGCCGUAGGAUGAUAGAGACUAUGUUGCAGACAGGAUCGCCGCCAACAGUAGAGAUGUUCGAGAAGCCCGAAUUCUGGGACGUGAACAUGAUGCCCAGCCGCGAGCUGCCCAGAUGGGCCGAUGAGAAGCCACUAGCAGCGAAGGUGGAGCAGAGUAUUCUGCUACUGGACACCCAGUCACCUCAGCCAGUACCUUCCACAUGGAGGCGACGGCUGAUAGGAUUCAUCCCUCGAGAAGUUCUGCGUCUUUUCCACCGUCCGUCUGCACCUCCCUCACGACGUGCCUGUGUGAGCACCCCCAGGGCAGCGUGGCCCCAGGACAAUUCGGACGUUCGGUUCUCGGUGUUAAUUCAGAUGCCUUAUUCUCCACUUGCGGCAGCUGAUGAUGGACCCGAACAUAGGGGGCUCCAUGAUGUGGUUAUCGGGACUACGGCUGUGUGUUAUUACGAUUCA